UAUGACGAAAUAUUAGCUAUCCAAAUAUGUCAUGGUUUACGCCCUGAAUUUACUGAAUGCACACCUACGUGUUAUGUCCAAUUAGCAAGUCAAUGUAUGGAUGCUAAUCCUUCUAAUAGACCAUCUGCGUCUUAUAUCUAUGAUGAGUUAUCAAGAUGGUAUAAUAUAGUAAAUCAUAAUGUUGCAAAAGAUAAAAAUGAAUUAACAAUAUUAAAAGAAUUCCAGUCUGCAGAUACAAUUAUUCCAAAAUCAUCAACCAAAUUGCCGAUUUGUCCUAAAGAUAAAUUUACAAGUAGGUUGCUUAAUUUCAAGAACCUUUCUGAGUCAAUUAGUUCAUUAUCUACAGAAUUGCUAAAGAUUAAUGGUUCUAAAAAAUGUGAAUUUUCAAUUUCUGAUGACUAA